ACCAGAGAUGCCGUAUAUUAUAGCAUAAGGACAAGCUUGCAGCUAACAUUUAGGAUGGAUGGCAGCUGGAGCUGGUUUCGAAAGAGCAGCUUUAGUCAUCCAAGAUGAAUUAUACAAUUAUUAACAUUAUUGAAAGUUUAUGUACAGGAAAAUAUAUGCAUCGCUACUCGUCCGUUUACGUGCUUCUUCCGUGUUCAGAGAAUAUUUUGGAUUAUUUUCACUCGAAUGCAUUUAAUGUUGCUAGAACACGUCUAUAACACUUCCCAUUGCGUCUUAAUUCAAAUCAUUAUGAUAAAAGAAACUUCCUAGGCAACUCAAUUCUCUUUUUCACAUAAAGCAUAGCAAUUGCAAACCUUGCCUAUUUCGUUUUUUUAGCUGUGAUAAAUAUCAAAUGCAAUUUCCUUCUCGUAGUAAUGUAGAGCUGUACUCUAGGUUAUGCAUAUGGCACCCCUUACCGCAGUAAAAAUUUUUAGCACAUCAGCCCAGAAAGCCACACGAGCCCUCCUGCGGUACUUGAAGGGAACAGAAUUGAGCGAACGCCUGUGAUACGCUGCGCUGUGCACGUGUUGUGAAAUGCGUCCCUCUUUCUCUCUUCUUUUUACUCCCUUAUUCCCCUCCCUAUGUGUAGGGUAGCAAAUUUGACGUAGUCUAGUUCAACUCCCUGCCUUUCCUAUAUUCCUCUCUCUCUCUCUCUCUCUCUCUCUCUCUAUUGUUGCACUAUGAACGAUCGCUAACCUUUUGCAAAUGCUCCUGUAGAUAGUGACUAUUCAUCGGUAUUCACCCAGUGUUGUGGGCUGUCGUCUGCAACGCGGCCAUCCGCAACGAGGGACUCUUCGAGUGGGUAACCAUGGAAGCCAUGAAGAAAGUCGUUGACGUCAACAUCCUUGGUACCUGCCGCGUCGCUAAGGCGUUCCUCCCACUGCUCAGGAAAUCCAACGGACGCCUGGUUGUCGUCACUAGCUCUUUCGGAUACGUGACGAUGCCUUUGGGAACGCCGUACUCGAUGACGAAGCACGCGGCUGUAUCCAUGGUGGAUGGACCUCCGACGGGAGUGCUACGGCAAGGGCGUCGACAUCAUUCAGGUCAUGCCACAAGCCUACAAGACCAACAUCAGUGCUCCUUUGUUUUCACGUGGGCUCACCACGGAGGACUUGAAGAAGAACUGCCCAGAGGUCGCCGACGACUUCACACAGAAGGAGAUCGACAGCUGGAUCGACUCAUCUAAGAACUUCUACGACAUCUUGAACCGGGAAAACUUGCAAGAGGUCGCGGACGUCAUGGUCCUCGCCGUGCGCGAAACGGACCCAAGGACGUGGUACACAACGCCGUGGAGUCUCUGCACCGCAGUUUCUGU